UUUCACUACUAUAGUUUUUAUUUAUUGUAAAAAACGAAAUCUAUUUUUCACAUAUCAUUUAGGCAAUUCUUCAAUAUCAAGUCGGUCGUACUGAAAAUUUGCAAAUGUGCAAAGCAAUUUGUGAUUUGUUAAAAUUAUGGUAUGCCGAUACAGAAAAUAUUGGAGAUGAAAUUAUUUCUUUGGGGAUAUCAUCUGAUGGUAGCUUUGGAAUUCCCAAAGGAUUAGUAUUUUCACAACCUGUACAUUUAAAAAUUUUAGAAGAUGGAUCGCGAAUAUGGUUGCCAUUUACUGAUUUCCCAUUACCUUGUAUGCCAUUACAGAUAUUUAACAAUUUGAUUUUAACUGCAGUAAUUUUGAAUAAACAAUUAAUAAAAGGAUAAAUUAUUAUUAUUAAUGAU